AUCUCUUUAGAUCUCCACUUUCAUGAACAUAUUGCUUCAAUCCAACAACAACGUUCUUUAAAUUUUCGAAUAUUUUUGAUUUAUGAUCAUCAAAACAGUCGAUGAAUGCGCGUAUUUUCCGACCAUGACGAUCAAAGGAGGCACAAGCCAGGCCUGUGCUGCGUGCAAGUACCAGAGACGACGGUGCACCAAGGACUGCGAGCUCGCCCCUCAUUUUCCGGCCGACCAGCUCAAACAGUUCCAGAACGCUCAUCGCCUCUACGGCGUUUCAAAUAUCAUGAAGGUUUUGAAGCAGACUGGCCCGGGGAAAAAAGAAGAGGCGAUGCGAUCCAUUAUCUACGAAUCAAACAUGAGAGCCAAGUUUCCGGUCACCGGAUGCAUGGGAAUCAUCAACCAAUUGACAUUCCAACUCCAGCAAGCCUACGAGGAGCUCCGGUAUGUCCGGUCCCACCUCGCCAUCUGCCGUGACCAGUGCCAGUACCAGUACAAUUCACCCACGUGUCCGUCUUCGCAGCUACAAUUAGGGCUUCAAACAAACGACCACGAGGCGCUGCAGCUCUACCAGCAGCAGUACCAAUAUCAUCAGUAUAACUCUGCCGCCGGUAGCAGCGGCGGCGGUGGUGGUGGGAUGUCGGAGUAUCUGGCGAAUGGGAUUAAUGGGCUUUACAUCGAUGAGAAUGACAGUGUGGUAAAACCUCUCAGGGUUCAGCAGUUUUAUUAUGGGAACAAUAAUGUCGAUGCUGUGGCAGUUCAACAUAAUCUGAUGACAUCCCAAGGGUUUCCCAUUCAACAAGAAAUGGAUGUUCCUCAUGACUAUGAUGACAUUCCAUUCGAUACAAUUGCUGAUGAUCGUCAAUCGUACAUCGAAUCUAAAGAGGCCUGUGAAUCGAGGUAUACAUGCAUACAAAUAAAUUUAAAGGUCUCAUUUGGUGUAUUAAAACAUUGAUAUAGACCAAUUUCAUGUAUUAGAUUUGUGUUUCGAUAUGGUUAAAUGUGCUGGAAAAUUUUCGAUAAAUGUCUCAUGAAUAUAUUUUGAUUUGUAUAUAUGCAGUGCCGAAUCAGCGUUCAAGGGUACGCAAUCGUUAGAACAUGUCUCCCAGAAUGACCUCAAGAGUGCAGCAGCAUUCUUCAGUUUAACAAGCUAGUGUGAAAUAGCUCUAGAAGACCACUGAAGUAAUAAUUAUUCAUUGUUUGAGUUAAUUUCUUAUAUUUGUUCUUUUGAUUAAUUUUUUUUUCUUCUGCUUCCAUGAUCCAGUACUGUUGAAGUUUACACAAUUUUGAUAGUUUAAUUAGUGUACCGGC